UGAAGCAGCAGCAGCAGCAGCAGCAGCAGUCUUGUGUGUGGAUCCUUGGCAGCAGCUGCAGCAGGAGGAGAUACAUCCCAGACCCAACUGCCUGUGCAACAUGGUCGUUUUAAGAGCCGUCGCUUGCCUGUGCCUGCUGGUUGGCUACUCGCUCCAGGUGGACGUGAAAAGUGGCAAAGAGGCAGGAAAAGCCGGGAAUUUCAUGGAAGAUGAGCAAUGGCUGUCCACCAUCUCCCAGUACAGCCGUAAGAUCAAGCACUGGAAUCGCUUCAGAGACGAUGACUACAUCAAAAACAUGGAGGAGAACAUGGGCUCUGAUGAAACCGUGGACACCACCAAGGACCCGUGCCAGAAUGUGAAGUGCAGCCGCCAUAAGGUGUGCGUCGCUCAGGGCUACCAGAGGGCCAUGUGUGUCAAUCGCAAAAAACUGGAGCACAGAGUGAAGCAGUCAGGGCAGGUGGAGGCUCAUGAAAGCACCUGCAAGCCUUGUCCCGUGGCUGCCUCUUCACCUGUAUGUGGCUCUGAUGGACACAACUACGCCUCUGAGUGCAAGCUGGAGCAGCAGGCCUGCCUCACAGGCAAAGAGCUCAGUAUCCUGUGUGCUGGCUUCUGCCCCUGUGCCACAGCGUCCGUCACCCUCACAAAUACUGACACAAAACGUGAGAGCUGCACGGGCCAGGACCUGGCAGACCUGGGCGACCGCCUGAGAGACUGGUUCCAACUCCUUCAUGGAAACGCAAAGCAGAAUAACUCUGGCAAGCUCGGAGCUGGCACCGCUUCAGCGCUGGACAGGAGCCUCGUAGCCAGCUGCAAGGACUCCAUCGGCUGGAUGUUCUCCAGGCUGGACACCAACAGUGACCUGUAUCUGGACCAAGCUGAACUCGCUGCUAUUAACCUGGACAAGUACGAGGUCUGCAUCCGACCCUUCUUCAACUCCUGUGACAGCUACAAGGAUGGGAAGGUUUCUACGGCGGAGUGGUGCCUCUGCUUCUGGAGGGAAAAGCCGCCGUGCCUCGCCGAGCUGGAGAGGAUCCAAGUGCAGGAGGCAGCCAAGAAAAAGCCUGGGAUGUACAUUCCCAGCUGCGACGAGGACGGCUACUACAGGAAAGUGCAAUGCGACCAAAGCCGAGGGGAGUGCUGGUGCGUCGACCAGCAUGGUGGAGAGAUGAUGGGCACCAGAAUCCAUGGCAACCCUGACUGCGAUGAAGUGGCGGGAUAUUCUGGAGAUUUUGGGAGUGGAGUGGGAUGGGAGGACGAAGAGGAGAAGGAGGCAGAGGACACCGGAGAGGAAGCGGAAGAGGAGGAAGAGGAGGAGGGCGAGGCAGACGAUGGAGGAUACAUCUGGUAGAACUGUCUGACCCCAUGUGGAGAGCCGAGUCACAGCCGCUGGCCUGAAAAUCUACAGGGAUGGCUCUCUCCUCAUAGCAAAAAGAUUUUGGGAUCUAACCGGGGGAGGCAUGGAGUUGUGUGUCAUCCUGGUGGGAUAUGUGGUACCGGGCGGGUCCAGGGAUGAGACGAUGACCAGUUUUUGUCUUAGAUAUGUGUAAUUGCUUCAUUCUCUCAUCUCUGUUUUUUGAGCAACAGAGCUUUUUGUUUUGCCGUCCUGGAAAAGCAGGACCCACUGACUACUGCGCCAUAGGUAGCUAAAGUCCAUCAGAAUUCCUAUUGCCCAACCACCAUCUAUGCAUAUAGAGAUUACCAGUAAUUUUGUAUCGUGUGAACUGCUUCAGUAUUAGAGCCACCGCCCCACUGGAAUGACUAGAGAUCAGAAUUUAGAGGUAUAUUUUGACUUUUUGGGAAAUUAGCUUGAUUGUUGUCUUGUUGAGAGUUUUGUGAGAAGCUUAAUAUCUCUCUAGUGUUGAAUAUGAAGCUAGAGCAGGGAGACUGUUAGCUUCACUUAGCAUAAAGACUGGAAAUGGGUAAACAGUUGCUAGGCUCUGUCUGGAGCUUAAAAAAAUCACCCUACCAAAACACCUAAAGCUCACUAAUUAACAUUUUAUAUCUUAUAGCUGUCUUCUUGUUUAAUCCGUGUGUAGCAGUGUAACAGUAACAUGUUUGUCACUAUGCAGCGUUAUGUGUCGGACUAUCCAGGAAGUCAUGGCAGGAAAAGGAAUGAUCCAGCAAAAACGGGUUAAUCAAGGGUUCUUUGUAAGACUUAGGGUUCCAUUCCAAACCCUUUUUAUCCAAAGAACCCUUUUUUGAAGAAAGAGUUCUCCAAGGAUUGUUCAGAGCAUGGGUGCUAAAAGAUCCUCACCCUCAAAUAUUUACAUAUUUUCAUUUUACUUGUGUAUUGCCUUAGUAGAUGUCUCUAGCAUCACUUCAUGCCAUACAACACCACAUGGUCUGCUGAAAUUUUUUUUAGGCACUCAAUACUUGACAUUUUGUAUUCUUGAGUUUCGAUUCCCCAACCCUACUGCAACAUUGAAAUAGUAAUGAUUGUAGUAAUAGCAGUGAUUUCACAAAAUCUCCUUCACCCAAAAAUGUGACUGUGAACUAUGAGUAUUAGUGGGUUGUUGUUAGUACUAUUACAAAAUGGAAAGGUUCUGGACAGAGCUUCCAGAGAGGUUUCGGGAUGAGCCCAAUACAUCAUAGAAGGGUUCUCUGUAAAACCCCUCAUAGGGAGUUCUGGGUGGCACCUUUCACAGAUGGUAGUAGGUAUAACCAACUUAUGUUGGGUUCUGGGUAGAAUCCUCCUGAAGGGUUUCAGGUGGAAUCUAUAUUGAAGGUUUUACCAGAAACCAAAAAGGAUCUCCUAUGGGGACAAGCUAAAGAACCCUGUAUGGUUCCAGAUAGCACCUUUAUUUCCCCAUGAGUGUUAUACCCCACAAAAAUGCCAUUUCUUUGUACUUACUAAACAAACAAGAUAUUUGUGAGCUUUAGAGGUGCUGGUUGGCAGAUUUUGUUUCCUUAGGACUGAGCCAGAGUAACUGUUUAUCCUGGUUUAAAUCUUUUGUGAAUGAUUUGUCACUGUUGUGUUCACAACUUGUUUCUGCUGCCCUCAAGUGGCCAAAAUAUUCAGUUAUUGCUAUCUAACAGCUUCCCAUCUGUAGCUUCAUAUUUAUCAUACAGACCGAGGGUAGUAUUGAUCUUCUCAUCAAGUGUAUUUCCUAAAAUUUUGACCUACUCCUUUAAAACAGUUCAGUGCAAUGUGGUUAUGUAUUUCCAAACUGAUUCUGUGUAUAAAUCCAGAGUAAGUGGUCUGUGAAGCGAGCUUUUCAGGUUACCACGGUUCCAUGCUACCUUAAUGAUAAAGGUGCGCCACAGCUCAUAGCAGUUUUUAAACCUUACAUGCUUCACAAAUUAUACACACAAUACAGGACCUACAUUUCCAGUACUUUUACUGAAAACCUGUAGAAUGUACUUUAAUGGCCCAAACUGCACCCACGGUAGAAACCACUAGUCGCUCUCAUCUGCUGAAAUCAUGUCAAAGAAUGUGCCACAACUAUGUUUUAUUUAUAGUUUGCAACUUGAAAAACUGUAUUUUGUGUUUAUAAAAAAAGAAAAUGUGUGCAUUACUUGAAGUUUUGUGUGUAUACUUGAAUUCACAUUGUAAUUUUUUUCUAUGAGAAUAUCGUUGCCAUGUCUUCAUCCAUGCUAUUGGUAGGCCAGACAUUUGGUUGUUUUUAGUAUUGCAUGUUAGUAAAUAAGAAUGUACUUCUAGGCUGAGCACUUUACUAAUAAAGGCAC